UUAAUUAACGAGCUCUUCAAAGUACUCAGAUGAGAAACCUCCGGUGCUUUCUGGUCUAGUAGUUAUCAACUGAGGCACCAAGAAAAGUCCUCUAUCACUCAGACCUAGGAGUGUCUAAUGCACUCCUCACUCACAGGUCCUCCAAUUUAUUUGUUUCCUUAGUCCUCAGAAAGAACCAUUGAUGAAGCAAGCCCAGAAAAUGGGGUCUUGACUUUUUAAAGGUGUGUUCUAAGCGACGGCUAGAAUGGAAAUCUUCGGGGAUAAAGUAUGUCCCUGAGAAGUCCCGGUGCUUUAAGGGUGUAUGCCAAGGGGCGGAGUCUAUAGCGGAAGUUGGAAGUCAGUACCGAAGUCCAACUGAUGAAGGGCGGAAGUAGAGUGUUCACUCCCGCAAUCAUGGCGCAGGAAAAGGAAGAUAUUAGGGACUACAAUUUGACUGAGGAGCAGAAGGCGACCAAGGCCAAGUACCCUCCAGUCAAUCGGAAGUACGAGUAUUUGGAUCAUACAGCAGAUGUCCAGUUACACGCAUGGGGAAAUACUCUGGAAGAAGCAUUCGAGCAAUGUGCAAUGGCCAUGUUUGGUUACAUGACAGAUACUGGGACUGUGGAGCCCCUCCAAACAAUAGAAGUAGAAACACAAGGAGAUGACUUACAGUCUCUUCUGUUUCACUUUUUGGAUGAGUGGCUUUAUAAGUUCAGUGCUGAUGAAUUCUUCAUACCCCGGGAAGUAAAAGUACUUAGUAUCGAUCAAAGAAAUUUCAAAUUACGGUCAAUUGGGUGGGGAGAAGAAUUCUCAUUGUCCAAGCAUCCUCAGGGAACUGAAGUCAAGGCAAUAACAUAUUCAGCAAUGCAGGUCUAUAAUGAAGAGAAGCCAGAAGUUUUCGUGAUCAUUGACAUUUAAGAUAAAAAAAAAAAAAUACUCCUAUGAAGAACUGUUUUUUUCUCUUCCUUUUGAGAAGAUACCAUGAUAUAAAUUCUAGUGUCUGACAAUGUAUGAUGAUUUGCAGAACAGAAAUAUUUGACUUAAAGUGUGACUUCCACAAAUGGAAAAUCAAGGCAUAGACUUGGUCUGCAUUAACUAGAUAUUCAAAUGUUAAAGAAUUCUUCAGGUGGCAAAUAUGGUUCCUCAUUUAUUAAUUCCCUGAUAUAGCAGCAGGUGCUUCACACCCUUCCAAUGGAAUGCCAGCCUCCAGCCCAGUCCCAAAAGGGAUCAUUGAUGUAAGCAGCAGCUGGAGAGAUUCUGAAGCCUCCAUGCUCUUAUCGAAUCCAGUUUAGGGGAAAAAAUGAUAAUUUGAGAAAUCUUACAAUCAGAAUUUUGCUUUCAAAAAGGAGAAACAUCUGUAACAAAACUUAAUUAAAAAUUUUUUUAAAAAGAGUUUUGCUUUUCCUCCAAAUUGGUUAAGACAUAUCUUCUAUACAUAUAUUAAGAGGUUGUAUUUUAGAUUGCUGUAGGACAGAGCCAUCCUGUAUUCCAGUUGGUUACCUUAGAAGAAGUAAUUAUAAUUGAACAAUUGGAAGACCUCUAGAAAGAGCCCUGAUUUUCUAUCUUACUUUAUUUAAUUUAUUUAUUUUUAAU